UAAAAAACAUCUCAUAGGAGCAUUCUCAAGAAAUAUAACAAAACAAGAAAUUAAUAUAGUGUUAGUUAAAGCAUUUGCGGAAGCUAAUAUCCUACUAGAAAAAGUCAAUAAAUUACAAACAUUCUUUAAAGAAUAUUGUAUUGAAGAUAAAUUGAUCUAA